GGUACCGUCCGACUCCGUGUUUCACCUAAUUCCAGCUGGGUGGUGAGUUAUAAAUACGUACCCAGCGCAAGACCUCGGGUUCAGAACAUGACUUGCGCGUGGCCCCCCCAUACCAGCACUUGCUUCAUCUCGCGGCAACGAGUCCUCGAUGGAUUUCACCAACGCUAUCGACAACCAUGAUGAAGAUAUUUCGCUAAGAAACGUAACUCUACUAAACACAUACGUGACGUUCGCCUACGCAACAAUGCUGAUAUACGACACCAUGACGAGCCUAGAUCUGGAGGUCAAGUACGUCUGGUGGACGCAGUGGUCGUUCAUAAAGGCACUGUACCUCUGGACGAGAUACUCAGCCUACGUCAGUCCAGCUCUCGGGCUCGUAUACCUGGGAUUCGCGCCUGGCCUUACGCCUCGCAUGUGCUUGAACGCAGUGUCCGCUAUGCUAUGGAUCGACGCAUGCGGGAUCGCAAUCUCUGAAAUCGUGCUAGCACUCCGAACGUACGCUCUCUGGAGUCGAAAUCGCAGGGUAGCAAUCGCCGUCGGGGUCGUGUACAUUAGCAAAGUCAUUGUCGUGAUCUUCGCCAUGAGCAAGUUCUUGCAGGAGACGCAGAUCACUUCGAUACCCGGACAUCCGGGUUGCUUUUUCAUUGGCAAUGGCGUUUUGUUGAAAGUAUGCUGGUCCAUGUUGCUGUUUGGAGAAUCAAUAUGGGUCACAUUCAUGCUCGUCGAGUCUUAUCGCAUAUACAAAGAGAUUCGGAGCUUCCCUAUGCUGUUCAAGAUAGUGUUGACCGACGGUAUCUUGUACUUCGUGCUGCUAUUAGUAUUGGUUAUUGUUGUGAUCGCACCCGCACAAUCGAGUUCGACAUUGGAUCUGACGGUUGUACUAUGCACACCCGCCCGCAUCAUGUACUCCGUGUUCAUCGCACACCUAAUACUCCACGUCAAAAGGGUAGCUGACCCGGAGCUGAUAACGGAAGCGAGCCAAGUGACCCUCAGCGUGACGACUUUUCGAGUCGCACGCGGUACGAUCGCUAGAGCAUGA